GUGUGUGUCUGUGUUUUCACUAGCACACUUGAUCAGAGCGCGCACGGAGGACGAGAGGAAGAAGCCUGCAGUGUGCACUCAUGGACUAAUAUCCAGCUGGAGCAGUCAAUACAGUUGGAAAUACCUCCAUGACAGACUUAAAGGACUCUUACAUAACGAGAACAUGUGAACUUCACGCAGCUCUCGUGGUUGGCCUACCAACAAUCUCGCUUUCGAUGAUUUUAAUGACCCUCUUCCUCGUCUUCAUCCUAGGAUUUUGGAAUAAGCCAGCCAAGCUAAAAUCAAAGAGAACUGGAAGAUGUGCUUGUAACCCUUGGUGUUUUGAGAAUCACAUGGAAUGCCUUUUGAACUCAGAGGUUUGGAAUUCUAUCUUAAUUCUGAGCUGUCUAAGUGCUCUAUUGCCCGUGGCUGAAGGUCAUGCAAUGCAGGCACUGAAAGACCUCCAGAACGCACUCCGAGACAAAGAGACAAAGCUUUUAUUCCAACGUUCUAAUGCAAGUUUGUAUACACCAAAUACAGAUGAUAUCGAGAAUUGCACAUUUAAGUUUUUCGACUGUUUCCUGAUGGAGAUGAACGUUCUCUUGUAUGAAGAAGACCCAGAAAAUGUAUACAAGGGGCUGAUAAAUACAACUUUAGAAGAAUAUAACAAAAAUAAGUGUUCCGAACGAUAUCCUUGUGAACUACUAGAACUCACCAACCCCAGGGAGUUCUUUGACAGGAUGACGAACUUUCUUGAGAAACAGUAUGCUCUUUGCAGCCAACCAUCUACUAUAACAUGUGAUUAAAAUCAUACUUUAUUUCCCUUAAAGCAUGUACAAUAAGCUCAUUUAUCUAUUAUCAUUUUAAAUUAUACUAGACUUUUUUUUGUUAUUAAUAUUUAUAUCACAUCAGUCUGAAAGUGUCACUAUAUUAAAGCUGUAAGAAUGUUUUAUGAAUGAUUGUUUAACUGUGAA